UUCAAGUCAAGUGACAUUGUUUUUAUUCAUUAUUUACUACAAUAAUUUUCCCGCAGUCGUUUUCGGAUAGAAUGAACAAAUUGAAUGUAGAAGGUAUUUUAUUAUGACCGUAGAAAAAUCACGAAUUGAAAAAAUUAUCGAUGAAAUUAACUCAACAAAUGCUAAAAAGGUAGCUCUUUUUCUGGUCUUAGGAUUUGCCUGUUAUCAUGGAAUACUUCAUUUGAAAUUUGGUACUAAUUCAUGUAAAUGGUUGUUAACUGAUGGAAGAUAUAAAGGAGAUAAAGAAUGGCAACCUUAUGGAUGUAUGCUACAUCAAUAUACUGAUAGUGAUACUAAACGAUGUCUCCGUUAUUUAGCUUAUAUAGGAUUGGAAACUCACUUUGUUUUCAUAGGAGAUACAAGAAUUGGAGAAUUAUAUUAUGCUUUUGUACAACAUUUGAAUCAGAAAGAAGAUGUUAGUCAAAAACCACAAACUCUCUUUAUGAACUAUACACAUGUUGAUAAUAGAUUAAAAAUCAAAGUUGAUUUUAUUUGGUCACCUUUCAUCUCAAGAGACAUAGUGGAUAUUUUUAGACAAUGGGAUGUUUCAACCCAUCCUCCUUCAGUAAUAGUAGCUGGAAGUGCUUUAUGGCCAAUAAUGUCCUCAAACAGAUCAGAAUCAAACAUAAAGGAAUAUCAGAUGAAUUUAACGAGAUUAGUUCAACCUAUAGAUAAUUUAUCUAAUAGAAAAAUAUGGAUACUUUGGGCAUUGCAAGCUCCUGUAAAUGAAGAAAAAUUAAAAGCCCAUGAAAAAAUGAUUACCAAUAGACUAAUUGAUCUUUACAACACAGCCGCAAUUGAAGUUUUGUCACAUUCUGCUGCAGAUCUGUGGUGGAGUACUUGUCUUGUAGGUAAAGGGAUGCUGCAAGAUAGUCCUGAUGGUAUACACCUUGCAGAAAGACCGCGUAAACACAAUACACAAAUAUUGCUCAACUUGUAUUGUAAUGAUAACAUGAAUUUUAAUGAUGGUACUUGUUGUAGUUCAGUCGAACCACGAACUACCCUACAAAUUGUUACUUUUGCUGUAAUGGCUAUGUGUGUAACCACGGCAAUAGUAAUGAUAAUUCGGCGGAUAAUUCUUAAAAAUUUUGGCAAACCGAUCUACGAUUAUCAUAGUUUACCAGAAAACGAUAUCCAGCCUCUUCAACCCCUUACCACACACAACUAUUACUUUCUCUUCAAAAACAUAUCAAAGAUGUCACUUAUAGUAGCAUACUUCUUCAUAUGCGACAGGACUAAUUUCUUCAUGAAAGAAAAUAAAUAUUAUUCAGAGUUUAGUUUUUGGCUGCCGAUCGGUUAUAUAACAGUUUUAGGUUUAUUUUUUAUGGAAGAAAGCAAAUUUAACAAAGUGUUACAUAGAGAUCAGUUGAAUGAAUGGAAAGGGUGGAUGCAAAUUGUUAUUUUGGUGUACCAUGUUACAGGAGCAUCUAAAGUAUUGAUGAUAAACAUGCAUAUCAAAGUACUUAUUUCUGCUUAUUUAUUUUUAUUAGGUUAUGAACAAUUUUGCUAUGUAUGGUAUAGAAAUGACGUCGGUAUAAUUAGCUUUUGUCGGAUGUUGUUUCAACUCAAUUUCGUAACUGUUACUUUGUGUCUUAGUAUGAAUAGGCCUUAUCAGUUUUAUUAUUUCGCACCUCUGUUGUCUUUUUGGUAUUUGAUGAUUUAUUGUUUUGUUGCUUUUCCUCCUCACAUAACCGCACAAACAUCCGAGAAUAAUGUGAUACAAUAUUUUUAUCUUCUUAUUAAGUUCAUUACUUUUUGUAGUGUGAUUACCAUACUUUUUAUGUCUGAAGUUUUUUUCGAAAAAAUCUUUGUAACGAGACCUUGGAAGGCUUUAUUUGUUACAAUAGAUGAUGAUAUUCACGAAUGGUGGUCAAGAUGGAAAUUGGAUCGUUACUCGACAAUGUACGGUAUGGUUUUUGGUGUUAUAAUGAUUUUAUCACAUAGAUAUAACAUUUUUGAUGAUAACAACCACUCUAAUUUAUUUUCUAGGGGUAUAGCUUUAAGUUCGACUUUGUUAGCUUUAGUUGGAAUUGGUUCUUACUUGAUGUUCACUUUUCUUUGUCGAAAUGAAUUAGAAUGUAGCGAAAUACAUUCUUAUAUAGUUUUUAUUCCGAUAGUAAGUUUCAUUCUUCUGAGAAAUAUUUCAGGAGUGCUUAGGACUAGAUAUUCAAGUCUUUUUGCUUGGUUCGGAGAUAUUUCUCUCGAGUUAUUCAUUAGUCAAUAUCAUAUUUGGCUGGCCGCAGAUACCCAUGGGGUUUUGGUACUUGUACCUGGUUAUCCAGUGUUAAAUUUGAUUAUAACGACGUACAUAUUUGUUUGUGCUUCACAUGAGGUGCAUAGUAUUACAAAAUCAUUAAUUCCAUAUGCUGUACCGAAUGAUUGGAAAUCUGCUUUAAGAAAUCUAAUUUUGUUUCUUGCUGUUUUAGUACCGAUCGGUAUAAAUGAUGGGAUGUUUUAAGAAGUGUAACAUUUUUGUGAUAAAUACAUUUUUAAGUAUGAUUAUAUGUUUUAUUCGUUGUCAAAAAAAUGUGGAUUAUUGAUGUUCUAGAUUCAAGCAUGCCGUAAAAUUGAAACAAGACAUGUUUUUAAUACAUUUAAUGAGAAAACACUAAAAAUAAAAAUAUAUUCCAGUUGAUAGAGAUAA